CAAAAAAAAAGGACAAAGUUUUCUUGCACUUUGUCUCUAAGAAAAUGAGGAAGCUGAUCCACACAAAAUGCAGGCUUGGAAGAACCAUGGGAUGGCUUCAGAUUCUAUUAGGAGGGCUUGUUAUCCUCAUUACCACAUUGAGCCUCUUCAAAUUCUACUCUGCUGGAUUCUUCUUCCACAAGGAGGACGUUUGCCGGUACUUUUACACCACGAAGCACGUCUACGAGGCCAGCUUCGACGUGAAAGCAUUGUCGGACCGAGUCGAAGAAGUGCUCGAUCAGCUAGACGGUUUGCAAGCGAAGCUUGAAUCCGCUGUCGAAGAAAUGGAGAAGAACAAGCAAGUGUUGAGCAAUGGAUCCAUCACAAGGCUUGAGCACAAAAAGUACUUGGAGGAAGAGGUUAUAAGGCCUCUCUAUAAUGCUCACAUUGCCUUGAGGCAAAUUAGGUUACCAAAGGUUGAGAAAAUUGAUGAUCAAAAUUCUAAUAUGCAAGAGGAGCCUUUGAUCAACAAUUUUGUGGUUGAGGAAAUAAGAAAGUACAUUUCUCCAAAGAAGAGUAGAAUUGGGAAGCUCAACAUGUAUAUGACUGAGAAAAUAUACAACACUAUUGGACAUGCUUGUGUUUUGCAUAGGAAGGAAUUGGAGGACUAUAUGGAUUAUGACAUUGGUUCUUAUUGCAAAGAUGAUUGGAACUUGGCUCAAAAGUUGAUGCUCAAUGGCUGCGAUCCGUUGCCCCGGAGACGGUGUCUGGCAAGAGCAUCGAAGGUCUACCAAAGGCCGUAUCCGGUGAACGAAUCUCUAUGGAAGUUGCCCGACGAUCGGAAUGUAAGAUGGAGUAACUAUCAGUGUAGGAACUUUUCUUGCUUGUCAAGCAAGAAUCCGAGAAGAGGUUAUAACAAGUGUAGCGGUUGUUUCGAGUUGGAGAAAGAGAAGCGAAAAUGGGUCACCAAUAGCUCUCUUUCGGUCGACUUUGUGCUAUCGGAUGUUCUGGCAUUGAAGGCGGGGGAGAUCCGGGUCGGGUUGGAUUUCGGGAUCAGCUCGGGGAGCUUCGCUGCGAGAAUGAAAGAACAAAAUGUGACCAUCGUGACCACAGCCUUGAACCUUGGGGCUCCUUUCAAUGAGUUUAUUGCAUUGAGAGGUUUGAUUCCUCUUUAUGUGACACUAAACCAACGCCUUCCUUUAUUUGAUAACACAAUGGACUUGAUUCACACCACUGGGUUCAUGGAUGGCUGGCUGGACAUGCUGCUGCUGGAUUUCAUACUUUUCGACUGGGAUCGGGUUCUACGGCCAGGAGGUUUGUUGUGGAUCGACCGGUUCUUUUGCGAUCGAAAGGAUCUCGACGACUACAUGUAUAUGUUUCUGCAGUUUAGAUACAAGAAACACAAAUGGGCUAUUGCUCCUAAAUCAAAAAAUGAAGUCUACCUAUCUGCAUUGUUGGAAAAGCCUCCAAGAGCGAUAUGA